AUGGAUACAAGUGAACCUCAAGUGGCUACUAUAGCCGAAGAUGCUACGAGAGAUCCAAAGGCGAAGAAGCUGAGCUCGGUCACUGCGCUGCAAAAUAGACUCCCCUUUGACGAUCUGGAUGAUAUUUCGAAUUUAAAGUCCACGAGUUCCGGGAAACCGCAUGUGUACAGUAUAUGUGAAUUAAUCACGAUGUACCAAGAUGUCUCAGGGGAACUGUUUAUUGCAAAGGAGGCAAUUUUGCCCAACAGAAAAUUUUGGAGACUACACCAGAGGUUCUUGGAUAAUGGACCCAACAACAAAAAUGCGAACCGGUUCGAUAGAAGAAACAGCAAAAACAGAAACAACGCCAACACGGGUAAUGCCAAGAAACAGGGGUUUGCUCACAAGCUGGAUGGCGAGGGUAGACAGCAACAUAACAAAAAGAACGCAGGCCUUGACGUUGACGUUUUGGAAUUCGACGACAAUUUUGUCCCAUCCGGUAACGCAAUGAAGGACUUCGAGACCUGGAAGGCCAAGAUGAGAGAGAUUGAGCAACAGAAGAAGACGAAUGGGAAGCCCGCUAAGGGCAGACCUGUCCCAAACACCGCUGCAACUGCAGUGAUCGCGAAAAACAUGGGACCGCAGACCGGUACUACGAGUGUCAUGUCCGAUUUCUUUAAUUUGUCGGGGACAACUACGUCGUCGGAGAAAGCUCUAUCCAUGACUGAAUUGGAGGGAUCUGUCGUCAAGACGGGUGGUACAGUUCCAGAAUCAGCACAGGAAAGCGCUUCCACACAGGUGACAGUGCCGAAAAAUGCGUUAGAGACCUCCAGAAGUUCAUCUUCAAGGUUUAGCUCCUUUUUCGCUAGCCCUUCAAAUAUAAGCGCAACAACAAUGAACACGGACAAGAAAGAGACGGCAUCGCCAAAUAACAAUACUAACACUGCAACUAACAUGUCAACGGCCAUCACAGCAAAGAUUGAUGGAGACUCUGCGAAUGUUGAACAACCUAAACAACAAAGUGUUAGUGGCUCAAGAUUGAUGAAUUUUUUCAAAAACUCGUCUCAAUCGACAACUCCGACAAACAACUCGCCUGCGGCAACAGCGGCAUCAUUACCAAACAUAUUAAAAGGUCCACCGCCUCCUGGGCUAGCUCGGUCGACCAACGUUGAAUCCCGUGGCAACAACGACAACAACAAACACAACCAUCAAAUGGAAAACAUACAUGCUCCACCAAUGAUGCCGGGAGGACCUGUACAGUUUGGCCCAAUACCACAACAGAUGCCGAUGCCACAGAAUACAAAUGCAUUUUUCCAAGGUUUGUUAAACAAGAACAAAAUGGCGGACCUACCUCCUACGGAUGGUAACAAUAAAAAGGGCAACAACCUUCCAAUGCAAGCUUCACAACACAUGCCCCCACCGCCACCAGGGUUGAUGCAGCAACCGGGUAUGAUGAAUGGGGGUGCUCCUCCCAAUUUUGGUAUGAUGCCACCACACCCACCUCACCCAAUGGGCUCCAUGCCGCCCGGAAUGCAGAACUUUAUGAACCAGCCAAAAUUUGAUAAAUCAGGUAAGCUUGUGAAACAAGAAAACACCAACCCAAAUAAAGAUAUGAACAGCCAACCACCAUUUAUGUCCAUGCCCAUGCCACCUCCACCAGGAUUUAUGAUGAUGCCUCCAAAUAUGCAUUUUCCUCCACCGAAUAACAUGAUGCCUCCCCCACAUUUGCAGCAAGUUGGGGCUGCCGAUGGAAACGUCACUAACGUCAAAAAUGGCACCAAUACUGCAAACGAGAACCAAGGAAGAUUUGUUCCUCCAAUGCCAAUGAACCCCAAUAUGAUGGGUCCAAUGAGGCCAAAUAUGAACGUUCCACCGCAAGGUAAUAUCAACAUCCAUGCAGACAAAAGGUGA